GUAUUCCUGAAAAGCGACCGCGUUGCCAGGAUGGUGCAGAGCGGAGGGUGCUCAGCCAACGACUCCCGGGAGGUCUUCAAGAAGCACAUUGAGAAGAGGGUACGGAGCCUGCCAGAAAUCGACGGCCUCAGCAAAGAGACAGUCUUGAGCUCCUGGAUGGCAAAGUUUGAUGCCAUUUACCGUGGGGAAGAGGACCCCCGCAAGCAGCAGGCCAGGAUGACGGCGAGCGCUGCCUCCGAGCUCAUCCUCAGCAAGGAGCAGCUCUAUGAGAUGUUCCAGAACAUUUUGGGGAUCAAGAAAUUUGAGCAUCAGCUUCUGUACAACGCAUGUCAGCUGGACAACCCAGAUGAGCAAGCAGCACAGAUCAGACGUGAAUUAGAUGGACGUCUUCAAAUGGCAGAACAAAUUGCCAAGGAGCGCAAGUUUCCGAAGUUUGUGUCCAAAGAAAUGGAGAACAUGUACAUUGAGGAGCUGAAGUCGUCUGUCAAUCUCCUGAUGGCAAACUUGGAGAGCAUGCCUGUGUCUAAAGGAGGCUCUGAGUUCAAGCUGCAGAAGCUGAAACGUAGUCACAACACCUCAAUAAUUGACAUGGGAGAAGAAAACGAGAACCAGCUUUCCAAGUCAGACGUCGUGUUGUCGUUCUCCCUGGAGGUUGUUAUCAUGGAGGUGCAGGGUCUGAAGUCGCUGGCCCCCAACCGCAUUGUGUACUGCACCAUGGAAGUUGAAGGUGGGGAGAAACUGCAGACUGACCAGGCUGAAGCCUCAAAGCCGACCUGGGGCACCCAAGGAGACUUCACGACAACACACGCGCUCCCUGCAGUGAAGGUGAAGCUGUUCACAGAGAGCACGGGGGUGCUGGCUCUGGAGGACAAAGAGCUUGGGAGGGUUGUUCUCCACCCUACUCCCAACAGCCCAAAGCAAUCAGAGUGGCACAAAAUGACUGUUUCCAAAAACUGCCCGGAUCAAGACCUGAAGAUCAAGCUUGCCGUGCGAAUGGAUAAGCCUCAAAACAUGAAGCACUCUGGGUAUUUAUGGGCCAUUGGUAAAAAUGUUUGGAAGAGAUGGAAAAAACGAUUCUUUGUCCUGGUCCAGGUUAGUCAAUAUACGUUUGCUAUGUGCAGCUACCGGGAGAAAAAAGCUGAACCUCAAGAGCUACUGCAGCUCGACGGAUACACUGUGGACUACACCGACCCGCAGCCAGGGUUGGAGGGCGGCAGAGCAUUCUUCAACGCGGUGAAGGAAGGAGACACGGUGAUUUUUGCAAGUGACGAUGAGCAGGACCGUAUCCUGUGGGUCCAAGCCAUGUACCGAGCCACCGGCCAGUCUCACAAGCCUGUGCCGCCUACCCAAGUGCAAAAGCUAAAUGCUAAAGGAGGAAAUGUACCCCAGCUAGACGCCCCAAUCUCUCAAUUUUCUGGACUCAAGGAUGCAGAUAGAGCUCAAAAGCAUGGCAUGGAUGAAUUUAUCUCUUCCAAUCCCUGUAACUUUGACCACGCUUCACUCUUUGAGAUGGUUCAGCGCCUCACUUUGGACCACAGACUUAAUGAUUCCUAUUCUUGUCUGGGCUGGUUUAGUCCUGGCCAGGUCUUUGUGCUAGAUGAGUAUUGUGCACGUAAUGGAGUGAGAGGCUGUCACAGACAUCUCUGCUACCUCAGAGAUUUGCUAGAGCGCGCAGAAAACGGAGCUAUGAUUGACCCCACCUUACUUCACUACAGCUUUGCCUUUUGUGCAUCACAUGUUCAUGGCAACAG